AUGCAACUAGCUUAUAACUCAAGAUUCAAACCUCAAAGAAAUGACAUAUCUUUGAAAUUGAAAAAAAACAUCAAAAAGAUCAUAGCUUCAAUAUCAAUCGUCAUCACCCUUCUCUUCAUCAUAUACAAAACUACAUCUUCUUAUUCCCUUUCAUUUGAUAAACAUCGUUAUCCAAAAUAUCAUGGAAUUUAUAAAAAUGAUUUAUAUACAAAAUCUCCAUUGAUCUUCCCAAGUGUUGAACAUGCACCAUUAUUAAGAGAAUUAACAAUAGAUGGGCUUUUCAACACCCAAUUAGAUGCUCAAGGUAAUAAAAAAUACUUGUUUACUGAUGCUUUUGAUGAUGAAGAUUCAAAAUUGAAUAAUAAAUUAGAUUCAGAGGAAAAUACAAAUCAAAUGUUGAAAGUUAAAAACUCAUUCUUAAAUCAUGGGAAAACAAGAUUUAAUGGUCAAGUCUCUCCAGAAAUUGUUUUAGUUACAGGUAUUGAUUUUGAAAAAUAUGAAUUGAGUCACCUAACUAAAAUUGUUCAAAAUAGAGUAAACUAUGUUCAAAAGAAAAAAUAUGGGUUAUAUAUUCGUUGGUUACAAGAAUUCACCCCAAUAAUUAAAGAAUCCCAAUCAUCAAAAGAAUGGGCGAAAUUAUUCUUGUUAAGAUCUGCAAUGUAUGCAUUCCCUAACGCGAAAUAUUUUUGGUAUUUAGAAGAGGAUGCAUUAAUCAUGAGAUAUGAUAUUGAUUUAUACAAAUAUCUAUUGGAUCCAAAAGUCCUAGACCCAAUCAUGCUAAGAGAUCAACCAAUCAUCCCUCCAAAUGGGGUUAUCCAUACUUUUAAAAAUUCAAAAGCUAGUAACGUGGAAUUAAUCCUAACUCAAAUAGGUGCAGAUUUAAAUCUGAAUUCAUUCAUAAUGAAGAAUCAAUUCUUGGCUAAAAGUUUAUUAGAAUUUUGGUCAGAUACAUUAUUUAGAUCUUAUCAUAAUUUCCCUAAAAAUGCUGAAAGUGCAUUAACCCAUAUUUUACAAUGGCAUCCAAUUUAUUUAGCAAGAACUGCUAUUGUCCCUCCAAGAACCAUUGCAGGUUUGCAUACAGCAUUGGAAUUACCUGAAGGUGGUGAUGAUAUCCAUUUCUCCAAUGGGGAUUUCGUUGUUAGUUUAAGAGAUUGUCAAGCUAGAAAAUCUUGUGAAAAGGAAAUUGAUACAUAUUGGGCAAAAUUGGAAAAACAAGAAAAAUAG